CAGACGCACUUCCUAUCCCAUUCUUACUUGCGUGUACUUUUGCAAGAGAGAAUUUCUUUUUAUUUUCUUAUUUUCAUUUUUUGUUUUUAGAGAGAAAACAAAAUGCUGGGAAUCUUCAGCAGUUCUGUGGUGUCACCUCCCGAGGAGCUGGUGGCCGCCGGCAGCCGAACGCCGUCACCAAAGACAACAGCAGGAAAAUUGCUGACACGGUUCGUGGAAAACAAAGCGUCCGCGGUGUCGCUGCAGGUGGGGGAACAUGUGCAGUUGGCUUACACACAUCACAGCGAGUCACCGUGGCAUCCCAGAUCAUUUGCUGUAAAGGAUGAAAUAUUCUGCUUGUUUGAGGGGGCUCUGGACAAUUUGGGCAGUCUGAGACAACAGUAUGGAUUAGCCAAAUCAGCCAAUGAAGUGAUUUUGGUGAUUGAGGCUUACAAAGCUUUGCGUGAUCGAGCACCCUACCCUGCAAAUCGUGUUGUUUGCCACCUCAGUGGGAGUUUUGCUUUUAUAGUUUUUGACAAGUCCACUUCUACAGUCUUUGUGGCUUCUGAUCAAGCUGGUAAAGUUCCUCUCUAUUGGGGAAUUACAGCUGAUGGGUACGUAGCUUUUGCUGAUGAUGCAGAUUUGCUCAAAGGUUCUUGUGGCAAGUCGCUUGCUUCUUUCCCUCAAGGAUGCUUCUACUCGACAGCAGUUGGAGGAUUGAGAUGCUAUGAGAAUCCAAAGAACAAGAUUACUGCAGUACCUGCCGAAGAAGAGGAAAUCUGGGGUGCCACCUUCAAGGUGGAGGGUUCAGCAGUUCUUGCAGCCACAGAGUACUAGAUCCAUCUUAUGAUGCAUUAAUGGAGUGAUGAGUUUAUGUGGUUGUGACUCUAAGGCAUGCAGAAGGGGCAAUGUAAAUACCUUUUGGAAACUAUGAGAAAAGUGCGACUGCUAGUAGUUGUAGUUUGUUUAUUAGAUAGGGGAUUUACUAUGUUUCUCGUGUACAGUUGCGCUUUCUGAUGUAAUAAAAAUGUGCCUGAGAUUCUCUCAUA